UAAAGCUCGACAAGAACGGGGACUCGGAGGGCAACUUUUCGGUACUGGCUCUGAGGAAGGAUCCCUUCACCAUACAAAACUUCUCCUGCGACUUUCAAAUGAAGCCCGUCGGCCAGUUCCACCAGGGCGACACUCUGGCGUACCGUCCGUCGGAGGCGAUAGACUGGCCGGGGAAGAACAAGCCGGAGGCCGAGCCCGGGUGCGGCUUCCGGAACGAGCACUGCCCGAAGAACGACUCGCACGUCAGGAGCAUCGUCACCGCGGGCGUACUGGCCGUCAUACUGUUCUGCGCGAGCGUCGUCACCAUGAGCAUAUACCGCAGGUGGAAGAUCGAGCAGGAGAUCGAGGGCCUGCUCUGGAAGAUCAGUCCCAACGAUAUACACGGGUAUCCCCUGCUGGACAACAUGAUGUCCUCCCCUAGUAAGCAAAGGUGGCCAAUUAGUGGCAAAUGUCCGCAAAACGCUCGAGCUAUGCUUAAUAACGAGUUAAUUGUUUACUCUCCGUAUCCUAGACCCGUUGCCAACUGCCUGACGAACGGGACUGGCGUGGAGCCCGAAGCCUUCGACCUGGUUACCAUAUACUUCAGCGACAUCGUUGGUUUUACAGCAAUGUCGGCCGAGAGCACGCCGUUUCAGGUGGUCAAUUUCCUCAACGACCUCUACACUCUGUUCGAUCGGAUCAUCAAGGGUUACGAGGUCUACAAAGUAGAAACCAUAGGGGACGCUUACAUGGUGGUUUCCGGGCUGCCGAUCAAAAACGGCAACAGGCACGCCGGGGAAAUCGCGUCCAUGUCCCUGGAGCUGUUGAACGCCGUCAAGCACCACACGAUAGCUCACCGGCCCAACGAAACGCUCAAACUGAGGAUCGGAAUCCACACGGGACCCGUCGUAGCCGGCGUGGUUGGUCUGACGAUGCCCAGGUAUUGUCUGUUCGGCGACACCGUCAACACGGCAUCGCGAAUGGAGUCCAACGGCGAGCCGCUAAAGAUACACAUAAGCGCCCAGUGCAAGGACGCGCUCGACAAAAUCGGCGGCUACAUCGUCGAGGAACGAGGUCUGGUCAAGAUGAAGGGCAAGGGCGAGGUCAACACCUACUGGCUGACCGGCGCGACGGAGAAGGCCAUACAAAAGAGAGAGGUGAACAUAAACGACCUGCCACCUCUGUUCUGCCGGCCGCGCAGGAGUCCCAAGCUGAAUCCGGACUCGCGGCAAGCCUCCCUGUUGGCCGGCCUGGGAGCCGGCAGCCGGCGUCAGUCAAGCGUGCCGAGGCCGGCCGAUGCCGGCGAUUCGGCCUCGCAAUGCGGCAACUCGAGUCCACUGCAGAUGCGCACUUCCUUGCUCGCGCGCCGGCUCGAACGGACGCCCCUCUACCUGACCGAGGCUGCCUCCAAGACGACGCUCGACAACGCGAUCGUGCGCGAGGACGCCGACUGCAGGGCCGCCAACAUCAAGCUCGCACUCGACGAUCUGUUCCUCAAAUUGGACAAGAACGGCCUGAACCAAUCCAGCAGUCCGAGGUUCCGGAAGAACGCAAAGAUGAUGUCGGCGCUGGGCGCGACCUCUUCAUCAGCGGGUGACGAUCUGGGCAACCACCACAACAAUCUGCAUCAGCUGCUGAUGCGCGAGUCUCACUCUCUCGAUCCGUUCCCCGCGGAGGCGAUGAUUGGCUCCAACAACAACAACAACAACAAAAACAACAAUAACAACAACACAGGUGGCAGCAGCAGCAGCUUCGAUGCCGCUCAGCUGAUGACGAGCUCGGUGAUAAGUUAUCAGCCGCGCCGAGCGAGCUUCCGUUCGCUGGAGGACUGCGAGAAGUGCACGACGUCGACCCGCCGCAAUUCCAAGGUUGAGGAGAUGAUAGACCUGACGAGCCCGAGCCCGCGCGCGUCGCACAAGCUGUUGAACAACAACCACCCGAACGGCAACCUGAUACUCCCCCUGGCGGUGGCGGAGGACCGCAACAACUCGACGGCGCACGAGCACGAGGACUUCUCGGAGACGCCGCUCCUGGCGGGCGACAACUGCCUCGUGCCGGUCAAGAGGUGGAGAUCGCUCGACCAGGUCGUGGUCACCGGCAGCAACAACGGCAGCGGCCAUUUCGGUGGGGGCGCUGUCGUCGGGGUGGGCGGCGUCGGCUGCGUGAACGUGGCCGGCCUCGCGGACAAGAAGAGCUCGGCGCGGAACUCGAUACGCAGCUGGCUGGCGAAUCUGUUCAACGGCAACGGGCUGCGCAGCAGUAACGUCUCGCUGAGGCGCGCAGUCAUCCCCGGGUACGACGUGCAGUCCGAGCGCGAGAGCAUAGUCUAAUGUAUAUAAUAUUGCGGACGUGCGGUGCUCUGGGGA